AUGCCCAACAGCCCUGGCACGCGUACCCGCCAGCCCACACCCAAACCCGCCACGCUACCCCGCCACCCACCACCCAACACCCCGCCACGCGUACCCCUCAGCCCACCACCCAAAACCCCUCCACUCUACCUCUCCAUCCCACUACCCAACAACCCGCCACCCUAUCCUUCCAUCCAAAUACCCAACACCCCGCCACUCUACCCCUCCAUCCCAACACACCUCCACCACCCUCAAGCCCAACACCCGCCACGCGACCCCGCCAUGCCCACCAACCAAACACCCCCUACAAGAGCGAUCUCAACCCCACUACCCAACACCCUCCACGCUGACCCUCCAGUCCACACCCAACACCCCCCUCUACCACUCCAUCCCACCACCCAACACCCCUCUACUCUACCCCCCAUCCCACUACCCAACACCCCUCCUCUAUCCCUCCAUUUCAGCACCCAACACCCCUCCACUCUACCCCUCCAUUUCAACACCCAUGACCCCUCCACUCUACCCCUCCAUCCCACUACCCGACACCCCUCCACUCUACCCCUCCAUCCCACCACCAAAACCCCGCCACUGCACCCUCCAGCCCACACCCAACCACCCCUCACCGACGCCUGCCAGCCCACCACCAAACACCUCCACUCUACCCGCCAUCCCACAACCCAGCACACCCUAACCUACCCUCCACCCCACCACCGAACACCCUCCACCUAUCCCUCCACCACUACCCAACCCCCACUAUCCCUCAGCCCCACACCCAAGACCCCAGUACUCACCCUCCAUCCAACCACCCAACACCCCGCCACUCUACCCCUCCAUCCAAACACACCUCCACUCUACCCCUCCAUCCCAACACCCCUCCACUCUACCCCUCCAUCCCACCAACCAACACCCUCCAAUCUAUCUCUCAACCCACUACCCAAGACCCCUCCACUCUACCCCUCCAUCCCCACUACCCAACACCCCUCCUCCAACUCCAUCCCACCACCCAACACCCUCUACUCUACCCCUCCAUCCCACUACCCAACACCCCUCCUCUAUCCCUCCAUCUCACCACCCAACACGCCUCCACUCUACCCCUCCCAUUCCAACACCCAUGACCCCUCCACUCUACCCCUCCAUCCCACUACCCGACACCCCUCCACUCUACCCCUCCAUCCCACCACCCAACACCCCUCCACUCUAUCCCUCCAUCCCACUACCCAACACCCCUCCUCUAUCCCUCCAUCCCACCACCCAACACCCCUCCACUCUACCCUCCAUCCCACUACCCAGCACCCCUCAACUCUACCCUUCCACCCCACCACCGAACACCCUUCCACUCUUCCCCUCCAUCCCACUACCCAACACCCCUCAUCUAUCCCUCCAUCCCACCACCCCAAGACCCCUAUACUCUACCCCUCCAUCCAACCACCCACACCCCCACGCCUACCCCACCACACCCAACACCCAUCCAUCUACCCUCCAGUCCCAACACCCAAGACCGCCCACGCGACCCCGCCAGCCCACCACCCAAACACCCCCGAUCGACUCGCCAUCCCACACCAACACCUCCCACACGAUACCCUCCACCCAGUGACCAAACACCCCGCCACUCUCCCUGCGCGCCCACACCCACAACAACCCCAACACCCUGCAAAACACCACACCCAACAACCCUGA